AAAAGUGUUAAUGGAGCCAGCAAAGAUAUUUACAUGUUUCUUCCCAACAGUUAUUUGCAAUGAAAAUCACUUCACUCUCUCUUUAGUAUGGUGACCAUCACAUUAUUUUUUCUCAUUAUAUAUUCAAAGACAUUCAUCGUUCCAGCUCCUAAGUCCUAACCUCACCCUCUUCUUCCAUUUGGGUAUAUCUUUCGCCCUCAAAAUUUCAUCUUCAGCUUUAAAGUUCAAAGUUUUAGAUCACAACAACACUCCCGUUUAUACGCUUUCACCGAUCCAGUUCAAGUUUGAACGAGAAAAGUAGUUUCUGAAGCCGAUCUAGUACCUUGGGAAUUUGAAGUUGGUGGUGAAUUUAGAUCUAAAAGCCACAGCAAUGUCUUUUAUUGGUACUCAGCAAAAGUGCAAGGCUUGUGAGAAAACGGUGUAUCCCGUUGAUCAGCUUUCUGCUGAUGGCACUGCUUAUCAUAAAGCUUGCUUCAGGUGCUCUCACUGCAAAGGAACAUUAAAGCUAAGUAACUAUUCAUCAAUGGAAGGUGUUCUUUACUGUAAGCCUCACUAUGAGCAGCUCUUCAAGGAGACUGGUACCUUCAGCAAGAACUUCCAGUCACCUGCAAAGCUAUCUGACAAGACAACUCCUGAGCUGACAAGGUCCCCCAGUAAAGCUGCGAGCAUGUUUUCUGGGACACAAGAAAAGUGUGCUACAUGUGGCAAAACUGCGUAUCCAUUGGAGAAGGUAACAGUGGAAGGCCAGGCCUAUCACAAAUCAUGUUUCAAGUGUUCACACGGUGGUUGUCCCAUAACCCCAUCAAAUUAUGCAGCCCUUGAGGGCAUUUUGUAUUGCAAGCACCAUUUCUCCCAGCUUUUUAAAGAGAAAGGAAGCUAUAAUCACCUUACUAAAUCUGCAUCUAUCAAACGAGCAGCAACAUCUGUUCCAGUCCCAGAAUCUUGAAUGUUUCAUCCCUUUUAUUGUUUAAAUAUAUUUUGGUAUGUCAACCAAGUGUUUGUAUGUGUGCCUUAAAUUUUUUAAUUGUUCUCUUGUGACUUCAUCCUUUCUGAUUUUUUUUCUCAUAUAUGCGUGGAGUGCAAAUCUUGUGUGGU